AUGAGGAGAGAAGAAGGUGGGGAGAGGAGAAGACACAAUGUGGUCAUGGGGGAUGCUGCAGGUCAUUUCCUUCCUGGAUCCUUUUUACUUAUCCUAGGUCUUUGGUGGAGUACAAGGAGUAUUUUGAAGUAUAUUUGUAAACAGCAAAAAAGAUCUUCCUCCCUUAUUACCCCCAAAUUUUUCUCUCGAACAGAAAUUUUGGAAGGAAUUGUGAUUAUUGUCAUGGCAUUAGCAGGAAUAAUUGGUCUAUUUUCUGUGUAUGGAAAAGUAAAAAUGCUACCGCAUAAACAACUGAAGUUGGUCAGAACCCAGCACUGGCAACAUGUCAUCAUGUAUGUGGUCCUUGCAAUGCUGGGUGUGACCAAGAUUUCAUGUUUCACCAUUACUUCACUUCCAGUCUCUUUGGUCAACUUAAUGUCAUCAAAUGCCUUCUUUGUGGAAGCUUUCAUCAUUUACAACCACCCUCAAAGCCCGAUAUUGGUGGACAAGUUCGCACACCAACAGCUUGUCUUCAGUGCGUUUUUGGCUGGUCUUGCUGCCUUUAUAGAAUUCCUCCUCACAAAGAACAAUGUAGUUCUGGAGCUCCUGAGGUCAAGUUUCACCAUGCUACAGGGGGCUUGUUUCUUUCAGAUUGGUUUUGUCAUAUUUCCCAAAAAUAUGGAAAAUGCCUGGGACCUGAAUGAUCAUAUCAACACUACGAUUCUUGCCACAUUCUUCUGUGCUUAUUAUAUGUUGACCUAUGUCAUCAUUGGAGUUAAUUAUGCUCUUGUUAGCUGGUUCAUUAAGUGGAAACUUAGCAAGCCCUGUCCCUCAGAAAUUCAAUUUCUGAAAAAUUAUGAACAGCAAGAAGACUCAGAAGAAGAUAUGUGA